AUGUGUGAACGAAAGGAAUCCCAUCAAAAAACACAAUUGACUUGUUAUGAACAUAAUAAUUAUCACUUGCCAACUGCCACCUUUCCACACACAAUUUGUGAUUCUGAAAAUCUAGUCAUGGAUUUCUCAAAAUUAGUAAGAGCACCAUGUUUGAAAUAUAGACCUGGAUAUUUUUGUAAAAAGGAAACUUAUUACAAUUACAAAUCUGGAGCAUUGAUUGGAAAUUGUCAUAGAACGAAUGAAUUUUCAAAUUUGAAUCAUUUUGCAAAUGAUUUUGGAAAGGAUAUCUUUUCCAGUUUUAUAACAUUUGAAGAAAAACAAGUUGAUUUGCAAAAUGUGAAAUUUUUUGAUGGAAUUACUAUUUUCGUAUCGAGAGAACAAGAUGAACAUGUCAAUAUGUUUCAUGCAAUGAGUGAUUUCUUUGCCACACAUGUUGUCAUUGAAAUGUUUAAACUGAACAGUUCAAAUAUUCAAAUAGUCAUUUUGGAUGAGCAUUUUGAUGGACCUUUUGAUUUCUUGUGGGAUAAGGCACUUUCCUUCAAGAGACCAAUGAAAAAGGCCUCUUCCUUUUCAAAUGGAAUGGUAAGAUUUGAGAGGGCAAUCUUUCAACAUGCUGGCUAUGCUACACAUUUCCUCUCAAAUUUGAUGAAUUUUAAUGAGAAUGAUGCUACUAUGUGUCACUCAAAAAUUCCACUCGUUGCCAAUUUUGCCAAUAGAAUUUUGAAUGGUUUGGGUAUCAAGAAGAGAGAAAUCAAUAAGGGUGAUGUGAUUCGUGUCUUGUUCAUCAGUCGAAGACCUUAUGUGAAAUUUGGAGUCGAGCACAAUUUCAUGUCUCGUCAAAUUAGCAAUGAAGAAGAGGUGUUGGAUCGAAUGAAGACUCACAGAGAAUAUGGCAAGAAAUUCACAGUGGAAAGAGUUGAUUUUGCACAUUUGAAAUUAGUUGAACAAAUUCAAAAAGUUCACGAUUCAGAUUUCUUAAUUGGAUAUCAUGGAGCUGGAUUGACUCACUCAUUGUGGAUGCCUGAGGAAACCUCUGCAGUUCUUGAAAUUUGGAAUACAGUAACAACAAGAGGAUGGAGAUGCUUUGAACAAUUCACAUUUUGGAAGGGAAACGACUAUACAUUGUGGAGUAAUUCAAAUCCAAAGAAUUUGAGAAAGGACAGUUUGGGAGAUUACUUGACUGUGGAUGUUGCGGACUUUUACAAAACAUUUGAUAGAAUGGUUAACAAGUUGAUUGACUCUAGGAAUUAG